GUUCGGUGUUAGGGAGCGCGUCAUCGUACUACCUACAGGUAUCAGGUGGCUUACCGACGAAGCGGCCCUAAGCCUUAAAUAUCUAGCUACAUUACCAAAAACCAAGUAUUGUCCACUCAGCUCACACCUUUUAGAUUAGACUGAGUACUUCUAUCGGCUAUCGACUAAGAUUGGACAGGCUUACGGUCUUCACCAUGAGGAUUGAGGGGAUUGAGGCUGAACAUCCCGGCCGCUCACCUUCGCAACUUCGGUCGCCAGAAUAACCCGGGGGCGCUGGGCUCAGGGGGCAGUGCUGACAGACCUUCGCCCAGGUUGGCCCGGUCUGUCCAGGUGGCUUGCUUGAGACGGGAACUUAGAAACUCAAGGGAGAGCUCGAAGCUGAUAGGAUCUUUGCUUGGUUCCAAGAGCUUUCCACGUGUAAUCUUGCCAAUACUGCCAGCCCCGUAUUACGAAUUCAUACGAGGCGAUCGAGGCAUUUGAUUACGCUUCUUACCCUUCCAACAUUGUGUCUCCUUAGAAGGCAGCUAAAUGCAAACAUACAAAAUAGACUUGUUGAAUCAUCGACAUGGGAUCAAUAUUCUUCAUCGUCUCUUUACGCACCAUACAAACUUAAUGACACAUCUAUAUAUUUCCUUUACCCACGUAGGUAGAGUUUGCCCCCUGAGGUCAUGCCAGCGCUCUCCUCGACCUUGCUACUAGAUAACCUUGUUACUCGAAAUAUAACCCUUGGCUCUGCUACGUCUGCCUUAGCUUCCAACGCGACCAAUGUCGAGAAUAGCUUACAGGUUAUAUGCGCCUGGCCCGUGUCAGGUCAGUACGGCCCAGGAUCGAGAGUUUUGUACUAUGUCCUUGUAGCAGCUUGUGUCCUUGCUCGGAAAGCGGAAUGGCUCAGAAGCGCUUGCUUGGCUGCUGCGUUGGUCUUUCCAGCUGUGGCUGCCAUCCACGGCAUCGUACUCGCCGCUGUGCAUGUUGACGGGGCUGUUGAUAUGGACGUGUACGGAGCUUUCCAGUUUUGCUCGAUUGGAAUACUAGCAGCCCCUUUAACAGUUAGGAUAUCAAGAACAUACUUCAAUGACCCAGGCAGGAACAUAAUCUUCCUAUGGACUGGCAUCGUACUUGCUGGCUUGUUGAGCUUAACCGUCGAAUUCUUCCGAGCAGCGCCCGUGCCUUGCGCCCGCGAUGAUAGUGGCAAUCCUCUUAACCCUAACGACCUUUGGGGAUUUCUUAACAACAACGUCACUUGCAAUCUUACCUGUUCUACCACCUCUGGACCUUUCUCUCCUUUGCGUAAAGACGCUACGAAUGAAAUUUUCGUCAUACCGAUGCCUACUAGACUUUCUUUCAACGCUGGCAUACUUCUCGCAGCUGCAUGUUGCAUCCCGGCCGUCCUCUCGCUUGUAUCUAUGUGGAAUAAGAUCCUUGAGAUUAACUGGAAGUCAAGAUUUGGCCUAGGCGACGGAGAUCAGCUAAUUGAGGGGACAAACGGCGCUACCGUUGCGAAGAUGACCGGAGUCAAUGCCAUGGUUAGGUUGUUUCUGAGCACACUAGAAAUUCCUAUCUUGAGCGCUGCAGUAAUUGCUAUUCUUGUCUUCGGCGAGCUGAACUUAUGGAGUGCUCAAGUUUAUUGGCAAACAGAGCCGAUUGCUAGUAUAGGACAGUGGGCCCCCAUCGUUGGUACAGUCCUUGCCGCGUUAGGGUCUCUAUACGUGCUCCUUUCAGUAGACAUGGACGCCAUAAAUAGAGGGGAGAACCCAGAGGCUUUCACACACCACUGCCAUUGCUCGCAUCACCCUUUCCACGGCGACCGAUAUCUGAGUCCUCACCCCCAAGCUUACUCUUCUGGGGGUAGUGUAGAUGCUGAAAGCGCACAUGGAGGUGCCUCAGAUUAUCCAGAACACGACUUGAGAAGCAUCCCACCCACGCAAGAAUAUAGCAACGGCGGCCUAUUUAUCGAUUCCUCCCACCUUAUCGCACAACCAAGUGCCGCCCGUUUACGAUCGAGCUCUUCAAAUAGCAGGGGUGCAGCUUCGACUGAAAUAGCACCAACGACGAAUCCGACCGACAUAGGCCACAGGCGCAGAGUAUAUAGGGCGCUACUCAAAGUUAGCACUUACCUGGGCACUGCAAACAAAAGCCAAUUCGACGACUCCGAGUUUAAACAUGGAAAAGCACUCGACUUUCCCGAGGUCCCAGCGGAGGAACAGCGAAAUCCAGUACUACCACAAAUUAGGGAGGCCUACAACCAACAUCGUGAAAACGAGCUCACGGCGAGGACGGGUAGCUUCGCGGGGAGCAUAGCCUCAAGGGGGAGUUUCGAAGAGAACUCAACUAUAUCAAGGGCAAUAUCGGCCCCACACCAACCAUCUCGAGCCCCAUCACCAUCACCUACGAUACACAGACUACGGCACGCUAGUACAUUACCAGUUGAACAAGGGCCAUCUGGGACACAAGAUCUCGCAUCUCGCGGUAGGACGAGGGAGCGAAGCGAUACACUCACGGUUCCCGAACCAGAUAUCCAUCACGGUCAUGCAAGAAACACUCGAUCAGCUUCCCCUGUGUCGCCCGUACCUCCUGCCUCGCCUACUGAGCCUCCUAGUAUCAUAGAUAAUGGCCAGGGCUCGCCUGCAAUUAUUAUAUCUCAUCCCGAUACCAACACCGUCGUGAAGGAACCUGCCCCUCUUGAUCCUCCUAUUACCCAACCAUCUGAGCCGGCAUCAUCGCAGGCAAAAACAUCACCUCCGCCGACCUGAACUAGCGACUCCAAUUCAUCCAUACGUAUCCUACAUCGACGACUUAACAAACGCCCCCUAUAAUCACUGAGAAGACGGACCCACCCUUUUCUCACUCAUACAACCCCAGCCAUUCUCGACCUCGCAAGAAGAUUCAACUACAUUUAUCCCACCUAUACUCUCUACAAUGAUAGAAUUUCAAAUCCCACAAAAAGCACCAAUGCUUUAACACCACCAGCCACCUACAGAAACAGCAAUCCCAUCGGAAAACAGCACGAGCACAUUACGAACGACGAACGAAACGAACUUCUACGCCAUUACGAAAACUUAGAUAUCUGGAUACGUUUACUGGUAUAUACACCUAGAUACCUACCUACCUACCUUCAUCUUAUACUUGGAUUAGGCGCGACACCUGAGGUAUAUAGAGAUAAAAACAAGGAUACCCCUAUUCCCGUCCUGAGUUCAGGAUAAAGGGGGAAUGAGGUAUAUGUUUACACCACAUCCUUAUAUGGGUAUUGUAUAUAGACAUAAAUUGAAACUUAUAAUAUCAAUG